UCAUUGGCACUUGCUUGACUUACUUUCUUGUCAAGUUAUCUUGUGUUCUUUUCUUAUUGUCAUUUAUAUUUUUAUGUGAUUAAUGAUUUUAUCUAAGAAAAAUACUAAAAUGCAUUCGUUCUGUUUGUAAGCGAGAAUUGUUUAUCCUUCAUCCAGGAUGGCACAAAUAUAUUUAGCGUUUAUGUUAAUAAUAAUUUUGGAGUCAUUCGGCGAAUGUUCUGUCGAUCUUAAAAGUGAUUCUGUGCUAGAAGAGGUUGAUUGUAAUACUUUGCGGCUAGGCCAAUAUAUAUGUCCUGAUCCAAGUAUUAAUCAAAUUGAUCCCAAUACACAGCAAUAUCGUGAUUGUAUGAAAGGUGAAGAUAUCCCGUCCGAAGGAGAAGCUUUAGUUCAAUGCAUUGCUGCAGAUGGUAUUAUUUGUCAAGAAACAAAAAGUUCCACAUUCAAGAAGAAAUUACCUUGUAAAUGGACUAAUGGAUACUCCUUGGAGAUAGCCUUAUUAUUAUCAGUGUUUUUGGGGAUGUUUGGACUAGAUAGAUUCUAUUUGGGUUACCCAGGUAUAGGAUUAGCUAAACUAUGCACUCUGGGUUUCAUGUUUCUUGGACAAUUAUUGGAUAUUAUACUCAUUGCUGCUCAGGUAGUAGGACCAUCAGAUGGUUCAGCUUAUGUUAUCCCAUACUAUGGUGCUGGAGUUAAAGUAAUCAGAAGUAGCAAUGAGACAUACCUUUUGCCCCAAGCUGACUGGCACAACAUUACUUGACAGUGGGGUACUAUAUCAUUCGAGAUUGAUGAAGAUUAUGAAUGGACAUAAGUUAGCAAUGAUGUUACCACCAAAAUGAGAUGCUGUGUUCUACAUUUCAAUGUUAUGCAGGGUGUAUGUGACAAAUUGGUAAUAAUUUGAUUCAAACCAUUACUUUGAACUAAGAAUUAAUGGAAUUUUGUCAAAAGUAAUUUAAAAAAUAAGAUUCUUAAUUCAUUUGUAUUUGAUAGAGUCAUCACUUUUAUGUUUUAAAAGAUAAAGAUAGGAUCAACAAAUAAAUAAAUCUUGGCCAAUCUGUCACUUGCACUUUGUUUAGUAAUUUUAAGAAUAUUAUUAAAAAUGAAUUUUAUUCAUGUUGUAAAUAUUAAUUGUAUAGAAAUCUAUAAGUACUUGUUAAUAUAAAUUUAAAUCCUACUAUUUGCAUCUUAAACCUUAUUAUUACAAGAGUUUGACUCUUAUUUAUAUAGUUUUAAGUGACAUCCUAAGGGAAUUUUUGAUUCAUAUUUUGUAUUCUACAAUAUCUUUAUUAAUUCUGAAACAUUUUUUUCAAUUAACAGAAUUUACUUCUAUUUUAGUUACAUAGUAAUUUAGCCAUGAUUGAAAACUGCUUUUGUUUUUUAUUGCAGAAAAGAAUUCUGUUUGUGUUAUUGUUGGAAUUAUUUCGGAGGCAAUUAAAAUACAGUAUAAUUAAUUACUAUUUAUUAAACUACAAUAAACAAAUUUUUAAAGUUAAUUUGUUCCUAAUUGUUUCUCACUAUUUGUAUCUUCUGUAGUUUGCUGAGGUUCAUGUAAUGUGAUGUCAUUUGGUGGAGCGAUAAGUGUAAAUAUUACAGGUGUACUUGACAAGGACGGGUUACCAUUUUGUUCUAAUAAUCGUAUCCAAGAUAAAAGUGAGUCCCUUGAUGAAGUACCUGUAAUUUAGAAUAAUUAAUACAAACUUAAUAGUUUGAAAACAUAUUAUUAUAGAUAGUAAAGUUGCAUGUAUGCCUUGUUCCCUUAGCAGGAUAGCUAAGUAUUAUAGACACAGACAUGUAGUUUAGUAAAGUGACUAUUUAUGUGAUAUUUUUUAAAAUGAAAUUUAAAUUUUAUGUGAAUAGGUUUAAAAGGAAGGGAAAUCAUAUAGAAAAGUUGUUUGCAAUUAAUUAAUGUGUGAAUGUAUGGUUUAUAAAACAUUUAAUUUAAAAUAGUGAAGAAAUAAAUGGUUGAUAGUAUAACUUAUCAUCAUUUUUAGUGUAACUUUGCUAUAUAAAUUUUUUCAUCUUGUAUAUAAGGUGUCAGAUUAAUAUGUAUAAUAUAAUAAUUUGUUACACUUUGGAAGUGUAACAGUUUGUUUUAUAUCUAUUUAUUUUAAAUGUCUUUAUUGUCUCAGUAUUAUUAGCUUUUUAACUGGUUCAGUUAGACUUAUCCAACAAAUAUAUAUGUAAAUAUUAGAUAACAAAUCCAUCAAGUGGUAUGGUCAUAUGUCCACUUGUUGGAUUUAUCAAUGAAUGAACUGUUUUUAUGUUUGUUUUUCAAUAUAAUUAAUUGCCUGUUACAUAAACACAGUAGUAAAAUAAAAAUGGAAUACAGACUAAAAGUUUAUGAUUUCUGUAAAGUGCUAGAGACAACUGCUACAAAGCAAGGUAGAAAAUUUAUAUUUUUUUACCUGUUGCACAAACUGAAACUAUUGUGCCAUCAUCUUGUUCAUGUACUGUACAUUUUGUUGCAGGAAGUUUUGUACUACCAAUAAAGCCAGGUAUGCCUGGGGGCUUCUCUAUAUUUGAAACAUCUAAAAAAAACAAUAUAUAUUUUAAGAAUUUUGUAAAUAGUGUCAUAUACAGUAAAAUGAUGUAAAAAUAAAACAAGGUACAUUAUAUUAAUAUUGUACAUAGUAUUACAACUCAAAUAAAAUAUAUGUAAUUCUUUUUACCA